AAAAAGCCUGAUUGAGCGUGGUAAAUAAGCCUUUUCACGGCCCCCUGCGAUAAGCACCCGGCUAUGAAAGCAGAUUUGUAAUCACCCAAAAUUAACAGUUCUUUCUUUUUCAAUAUUUGCAACAUUUUGUUUACUUUACGCAACACAAUGCGGCUGUGUCGAAGGAUUAAAGGAUUGGUAGAUAUCAGUUAACCAGCACUUUACUGCCGGAAGCGAAUUGGGACGAUUUUAAGCGUGAUAAAUUUGAUAAUUAAUAGCGUGUCUUUCACUGAAGAUCACGUACUCCUUCCAGCCAUCAGCGACACAAAACGCCUCGCGUUUUCUCGUGAUUUCCCCGUGGUCUGUCAAGAGACCCUUGAGCUGUCAAAGACUGCUUUCAGUGGAAAUUUUCGCAAAGCAUCUCAGACUAGAAAGCUAAAGCAUGGGGGAAACAAACGGAUCUUGUUUUCCAAGAGAGAGGCAGAAUUCAAACCCGUUUCAUUUCACCUCAGGUCACGAAGCUACGCAACGUACGAACAAUGCUACAAAUAUUUACAACACCUCGUCUUUCCCGGAGAAAGAACCGAGAUUCUCACCCAAGCCAGGAAAAAGGACGAGAAAACUGUCAUUAUUCUCGUUUCAUUUCAACUCUAAAUCUAACUCGGAAGAAAAAGGGAGACUUAGGCGUUCGUCUCAACCAACGUUCAACCAAACCUCACCUCCGACUCUAUCACCAGAUCCAAGUGAUCUGUGGUUGACUUCUCUCGCCAACAGUCGCCCCGGAUCUCAGAACAGCUUGGAUAGCUCGCCGUGUUCUUCUCGAAAAGACUCGUCAGUUCUCGGACCCGUGGAGAGAGAGAAUAUUGCUAUACAGGACAUUAUUCAAGAAACGCUAAAAUUACAGUUUGAAUGUGUUACAGAGUAUAACCGGGAUGAAUGUGACCGCUUGGGAAAGAAUGUUUGUCAGCUGGUUAAACGUCGCGUCGAGGCCAUGAAAGAAGCGACUAAAACACGCUGCAAAAUUGUUUCAGUUGUUUAUGUUGGGGCUGUGAGAGACUUUGGGAUAGAAGUAGCAUGUCAGGCGCUUCUGGAAGCAGACAAAGAUAAUUUUACGGUAGCUAGUUACAGGAACGGAAAGGUGUUUGCAGUGGGUGGUAUUUUUGUAAUCCCGUUAGAGAAACAGGCGUAGAGUUAUAAUAAUUUAAUGGAAAGAAAACAGACUAUACUAAUACGAGAAGCUUAAAUAACAAGCGAGAGAAAAACAUUUGUUUUCAAGCAAGUACUGUUGUGUUUUGAUAGCACUGCAUUAGUGUUAUAUGAAGAGUGAAAUGAAAGCUAAUGACAACAUUGUGUUUCUAGUUGUAGCUGGCGCCUGAUCAGUUAGCUUCGGCAUGCUUCAUUAGCGCUAUGAUAAACACAGAUAACCUGCGGUCACGAGCCUAUUAACAGAUGCUGGCAAAUUACCAUAGGUUCAAAGUUAUGAGCAAUUCGCAGAUAUAUUUGCAUCGCUAAAAUAAAAACAUUACGCGUGA